AUGACAAAAGCUGUUGGUAUUGAUCUGGGUACCACCUACUCUUGUGUGGCUGUCUGGCAGAACGACCGUGUUGAGGUCAUUGCCAACGACCAGGGUAACCGCACGACGCCGUCGUACGUGGGUUUCACGGACACCGAGCGUUUGAUCGGUGAUGCCGCCAAGAACCAGGUGGCCAUGAACCCGCAUAACACUGUGUUCGACGCCAAGCGUCUCAUUGGCCGCAAGUUUUCGGACGCUGAUGUGCAGUCGGACAUGAAGCACUGGCCAUUCGCCGUUGUGGACCGCUCUGGCAAGCCAGUCAUCAAGGUCGAAUACAAGGGUGAGGAAAAGAUCUUCACGCCUGAGGAAAUCUCUUCCAUGGUCCUCUUGAAGAUGCGUGAGACUGCUGCUGCCUACCUCGGUGGUGAAGUGAAGGACGCUGUCGUCACGGUGCCUGCUUACUUCAACGACUCGCAGCGUCAGGCUACCAAGGAUGCCGGUGUCAUUGCUGGUCUCAAUGUGAUGCGUAUCAUUAACGAGCCUACGGCUGCUGCCAUUGCCUACGGUCUCGACAAGAAGGACAGCGCUGAGAAGAAUGUGCUCAUCUUCGAUCUGGGUGGUGGUACGUUCGAUGUAUCCCUGCUCACGAUUGAGGAGGGUAUCUUCGAGGUCAAGGCCACCGCCGGUGACACGCACCUUGGUGGUGAAGACUUUGACAACCGCCUCGUGAACCACUUCGUCCAGGAGUUCAAGCGCAAGAACAAGAAGGAUCUUACGACGAACGCCCGUGCUCUCCGUCGUCUUCGUACCGCUUCGGAGCGUGCCAAGCGCACUCUGUCGUCGGCCGCUCAGACCACGAUUGAAAUUGACUCGCUCUUCGAGGGUAUCGACUUCUACACCUCGAUCACUCGUGCCCGUUUCGAGGAGCUCUGCGGUGACCUCUUCUCGCACACGAUUGACCCAGUCGAGAAGGUGCUCCGCGACGCUAAGAUCGACAAGGGCUCCGUGAACGAGAUUGUGCUCGUUGGUGGUUCGACCCGUAUUCCUCGCGUGCAGAAGCUGCUGCGCGACUUCUUCAACGGCCGCGAGCCUAACAAGUCGAUCAACCCCGAUGAGGCUGUUGCCUACGGUGCUGCCGUCCAGGCCGCCAUUCUGACGGGUGACACGUCGGAGAAGACGCAGGACCUUCUUCUUCUUGAUGUUGCUCCUCUCUCUAUGGGUAUUGAGACCGCUGGUGGUGUGUUCACGCCGCUCAUCAAGCGUAACACGACCGUGCCGACCAAGAAGUCGGAGGUCUUCUCGACAUACGCAGACAACCAGCCUGGUGUGUUGAUCCAAGUGUACGAGGGUGAGCGUGCUCGCACCAAGGACAACAACCUGCUCGGUAAGUUCGAGCUCUCUGGUAUCCCCCCUGCGCCUCGCGGUGUUCCUCAGAUCGAGGUCACCUUCGAUGUCGACGCCAACGCUAUUUUGAACGUGUCGGCUGCCGACAAGACGACGGGUCGCUCGGAGAAGAUUACCAUCACGAACGACAAGGGUCGUCUCUCGAAGGAGGAGAUUGAGCGCAUGGUCGCUGAUGCCGAGAAGUACAAGGCUGAGGAUGACGCUGCUGCCGAGCGCAUCAAGGCUCGCAACGGCCUCGAAUCAUACACGUACAACCUGCGUAACUCGCUCAAUGAAGAGGCCUUCGCCAGCAAGCUCGACGCCUCGGACAAGGACAACCUUAAGAAGGCCAUUGACGAGACGAUCGAGUGGAUUGACAACACCCAGGAGGGCUCGAUCGACGAGUACAACGACAAGCAGAAGGAGCUCGAGGGCAUUGCCAACCCUAUCAUGCAGAAGGCAUACGGUGCCGCCGGUGGUGCCCCUGGCGGUGCUCCUGGCGCCGGCCCCGCCCCUGGUGGUGACGGGGGUCCUCAGGUCGAGGAGAUUGACUAA